ACACACACACACAUUAUCAAGCACCACUUGCACACGUAGUUAAUCAAUUAUUCUAUACUUAUUAUCAUUACAAUUCUCUCUUGCGAAACACACCAUCCCCAUCAAUGGUUUCCAAACCCAAGAACGCCACUCUCAAAAUCAACAAGCCUUGCAAUAAUGCAGCUGAGGUUCACUUCAGAGGCGUUAGGAAGAGACCGUGGGGUCGUUACGCCGCCGAGAUUAGAGAUCCCGGUAAGAAAAGCCGCGUUUGGCUCGGUACUUUCGACACCGCCGAAGAAGCCGCUAGAGCUUACGACGCCGCCGCUCGUCAGUUUCGUGGUCCCAAAGCCAAGACAAACUUCCCUCCUCCCUCCGACAUCAAAGAGGAUAAUAACGUUAAUAAUCAGAGCCCAAGCCAGAGUAGCACCGUCGAGUCGUCCACACCGGAGCGUGAAAUCACGCGCCCUCGUGAAGUUUCAGGCGGCGUAAUGGAUCGUUUCCCGUUUCUUUCGAUCCAGCAACAGUAUAUGCCGUUUUCCGGUACCGGUGGUGUUGCUGUUGAUGGAAUGGUGACUGCUGUGCAUCCGGUUUUCUUUCUCGACCCGGCGGCUCGAGCUGAGUUUCUGAAUCAGAGAUUUUCUCCCCGGUUUGAACCGAGUCCGGUUGAGUUUAACAUCGGGUUUUGUGGUGGGGUCCAGAGCGAUUCAGAUUCAUCCUCUGUCGUUGAUUGUCAGCCCAAAAGAGCUCUCAAUCUUGAUCUUAACUUAGCACCACCAAUGGAUGUUUAAUUUUUUGAAACACCUUUUCAAUUAUUAUUUUUUUUAUAUAAAAAAAAAUCUCACCGAAUUUUAGAAGAAAAGUAGAAACCUGAAAGCAGGAUGGACAAGUUUACUGUUUUUUUUUGGAAGAUUAAUCUCCCAUUAUUUUGAGGAAGAUCUAAAAGUUGUUAAUUAAUUACAUCCUUUGAUGUAAAUACUCAUGUUAGCUUUGUGUUUUCAUUUUCGUUUUGUCUGUUUUUCAUUAACUAAUUAACCAGAUUAAAGAACAUGAUGCCAAAUUAUCUACUAAUACUAUUUUCAUGAACGAUUAAUUCAGGCCAA